CAAAAACGAGCAAGGGGAGGAAUCCACUCAAAAAGACAAUCCUAACCACGAACACAAAGGCCCCGCUGCCUGUCAAGAAACCAGUGCAAUCUUGACAGCAAGCCAUCACACUCCGCUGCUCAUGAAACACGAAUGUCGCUCUCUCAAGCUUUUGCACGCAACGCAGAGGCGAAGAUUGAGUUCCUGGAAGCUAAACUUGAGGAAGAAAAACGCCAGUGGAAUGAAAAUCAGGCUAUAUUAGAGCAUCAAAAGCUUGAUGACUUGCAGGAGCGCCGAACGGUCCGCAAACAGGAGCUCCUGAUCGAGCUGGUCCGACAGCAGAAAACGCCGGAGGAGAUUACCAUGUUCAUAAAGUUGGCUGAGUAGUCGAACCUCGAGCGGGCGUCGACUGUGCAGGCUGUUGCUGUGUUUCUUUUAGGCAUUUCAACUACGUCCUCGCAGCCACAAUAUUCCACCAGGCUCACACGCUUUUGAAAUAGCCCCUGUUUCAGCCUUCGUCGGAAUACAAUCUCGUC